AUGCAAGAAUAUACAAAAGUUUUCAUUGAAAAUAAAUGUUUUUCCAAUAAAAAUAAAAAUUACGAAAAGAAUAUCUCAAAUAUUUCAUCAUCCCGAGAUUCAGUCUAUAAAGGUAGCAUAAAUGAAAAUAAACGUCAAUCUUCAAAUAUUAUUCUGGUUAAUCCAGAAAACAAACCAUCUUCGUUGGCUUCUUCCAUCUCAGAAAAACAUGAAAAUUUUAUCUUGAAACAAUCGAGACUAAAUCACGAAUAUAAUUUUGAACGGUCAUCUAAUAAACCACUUAUAUAUCAUAAAAAUAUAUUUUCUAGAAUAAAAUUGGUGAUUAACCGAUUUUCUAUAGGAAGAGGAAGAAGUCGUCAUAGCGAAGCUUAUCAUCAAGAUGGAAAAACAAAUCCUUUUGAAUGA